GUUGCUAGGAGGCGCUGUUGGAGCCCGGAAGAGUUGACAAUAAUGUUAACGAUGAUGGGGAAACCCGAGAUUGAGAAAAGGCACGAAAGGCUGAUGUUUAAGCCUCAGUGUGUCGUUCCCUCACGAUAAACUGAGCAUCUUAAGAGGAAUGAAAGGAGGUGUCACUUUUUCCUGGCUGUGAAGGUAGGUAACGAACCCGUAACGCCGGUGUGAUGUUACCAGCUGUGAUUCUGCAUGGCAACAUCUGUUCAAUAACCAUUUUGGGCUUUAAUAUACGCUGCAAAACCGAAAAUCUCAUGUCAUUGUGUCACAAAAUCGCGAUUAUCCAUCUUGCUUUGCCUUAGCAGUGUAAAACAAUGAAACCUUGUCGGUGUUGUAAUGAAUGAAUCAGUGUGAGGGACCACUGGGUAUCAUCGGGAAGACCCCAGUUUGGAUUGACCGAGCUAUGCUUCCUUUACCAGAUACUACCUCGAUGAAUUACACGUUAUAACGCAGUGUUAAUUCAUCCCAAGCUAACGCCCUGUGUUACUCUACCUGGCUGUGAAGGGUCUGUACCAUCCAUCUUGCUGACAGGUCAUUCAGAAAUAGAAGCUGCAUUGAUUCGACUCUCUAUCUGCAACUCUAUGAGGCACGGAAAUGAAAGUCAGUCACCAGCAAGGUCUGAUAGAGAGGAAUGGCAGGAAUGUGACUGGUGUGAUAAAGCCUCCAAAGGCAGACAGACCCUCUUUUGUUUGGAGGAGAUUUGUACAGCUCCUCCACAUAUCAUCCUAAAUGGUCUCCUCUGGUGAUCCACACCCAGUGCAGUCCAAUCUCUCCUGUUCAUUUUACCAGCUGGGUGAGGAGGCUACAUGGUGUGCGUUUCCUACUCUGAUCGUGGAUGUGUGGGCGCCCAGAGAUGGAAAGCUACGAGGAGUUCUGUCUGCACAGUUUGGCCAUACUGCAGGAGGGGGAGAGAUGUAAGAGGAAGAGGACAUGUGAGACACUGGGGUCUCUGAAGGCUUGCUCUGUCAUCUGCUUCCAUGGACGGGCUGUGCUUUCGCCUCUGGUAAGAAAGAAAUAACAAGGCUUGUGAAUUGUACCGUAACCAGGGAUGGAUGCACAACAUUGAAUGUGUGUCAAUAUCAAAAAUGUUGAUAAUUCAAAGUCCUUUUGGUCAAUAUCAAUAUACAAUAGGGGAGAGUGGGGCAAGUUGAGCCAAAGGGUAAGUUGAGCCACCUCCUGUUUCUUGGAAAUGGUAAGAGAAACUGAUCAUGUGACCAAAUAUUUAGGAGAUGGGCAUCAAUUCAUGGAGUCUGUGAAGGUUAGAAGCACAUGGGUGAAGGGGUUAGACAUUUAUUUACAAAACAAACAUUUUUCAGACCAAAAAAGAUCAUUUUAAAUUUGUUUUAUACAUCAAUUUUGGUAUACAUACAUAUAUAUAUAUAUAUAUAUAUAUAUAUAUAUAUAUAUAUAUAUAUAUAUAUCCUCUAAAUAGGUCUAUGUGUCAGCCCCGUGAUAUAUACAUGCUUCAACUGAUACUUCUUAACUCUGUGAGCUUUCAUCUUUCAAUACUGAUAUUAAACUGAAUCCUUUGUGCCUUCCAAAGCUAAACCACUGCUAGUGUCUGAAAACACUCGCUUUAAAACGGACAAGAAUAGUUUAACUUAAACUUAAUUAAAUUAAAGGCAAGUCACGCUAUUUUUAAUCUAUAACAUGUGGUUUUAGCAGUCCCAAUAUCAGCAGCUGGCAGAGGAAAGAGAGGGAUAAUUGAUGACGAUGAGGACCAAGACUGGCUGAUGUCAGUGAGGAGAAUCCAUCUUCUAGGUCGUGCUGACUUAAUGAGUUCUCAGAGAUUGAGACUACAGACUGACUGAGGACUUCUCUGUAGAGAAAACAAAAGAGGACUGUUUCUGUGUUAACUUAGCAGAAAUCACAAAAAGUACAAUUUUCAAACUGGAAUCACUUUUGAAACAAAUUCCUUCCUUAUCUUUUCUCUCAUGUUCCUGCUUGAGUUUGUUUCUGUUUCAGCACUGAAGCCUUUCGAAUCACUUCACAGUCUACACUCUGUUUGUCUGUGUCUCUAGCUAAGUGCUGAGCAGCGCAAUGAGAUGCGUGACCUUCGACUGAAGGCGGUCCAGCUGGAGGUGGACAGACAGAACCAGCAGAGGAACAAACUUCUGUCCCGAGUUCAAGACAUAUUGGACCAAGUUCAGGUCAGUAGGCCGGUCGUGUUCAGGUCCUCGGUCUGGUGGGGUCUGGAUCAGGGUGGAAGAUUUUUAGAAAAACUCAGUAUAAUGCCACACUCCUACUCUCUGUGCCAGAACAUGCAUCCUCUAAAUAGGUCUGUGUGUCAGCCCCGUGAUACAGAGCAAAACCUGAAUUACAGUCUGUGACAAAAUCUCAUGAGACGUUUACAGACUUGAAUACAGGUUGGGUGACUCAACACUGUCUUUGGAAGGCAGUGUUAUUUAUAGCACUGGCCUUUUUCUGUCAGACAAACAUUCAAAGCAGUUCAGCUGUAAAUAAACUCUAUCCUCCAGAAGAAGAAGAAGUCAUAAAGUUUGAACGUGAUAGUGAAGUCUGGAUGAGGAGAUCAAUUGUCUUAUUUAAAAUCAAGUCAAAGAGGUUUAUUAAAAACACAGUGGGCUUCUCUAUUCUUCUUUUUUGAGCCCUUGUCUUUCUGAAUAUUUCCCUCUCUGCCCUUUCAACCCUUUGUGGUAAAGACAGAGUUCAUGCACUGUCAGCCAACCCAGAGACACAACUUUCCACCAUCAGCUUAUUUAUUAUGACUAAUGAAUUAAUUAUAAGUGAAAUGGUCAUCAUUACCUGUUUUCUCUGCACAGACAAAUAAAGCACCGAGUGUAGAAACGGAAAAGCCGCCAGUUUCUAAAUCAGCGACAGUCAGCGGCUACACCCUGGUUACUGACUCUCCCGGACUUCCUAGAGACCCUGGAUUUAGACUUCAAAUAAAUGAUCAGUCUAGCACUCCUGCUUGCUCUGUGACCCCCAUCCUGAAUGGCUUCAAGACUGAGGAGGAGGCAAAGGUGGAAAGGGAAGACAAGAGUGAGGAGGAGGAAGAAGAGGAGGAGGAGGAAGAGGAGGACAUGAGUCUGGACAGCCUCCUCAAGAGAUCAAGAGAGUACGUGAAGAGAGAGCAGAGCCAGCAGGGGUCAAACACAGCCCUCAAGGUCAGCCAGACCCUCCCACCUGAGUCUGUCUCGAAUAAGGAGGAUAAGAGCUGUGACCCGGUGGAGGACACAGGGGUUGAGUUUGGAUUCAGUCUGCACCAUAGCCCUGUUGGACCGCCUCAGACCAAAAUCCAGCAUCAAAUUCUGUACACCCCCAGCCCUCAACAAUCUGGUUCCCUUUCACCUAGUCUACAAGAUCGAUACGCUCGGCUCCCCAGUCCAGAAUCCAGCAUUAGUCCCCUCCCACAGAGACGAAGGCCACGCCCUGUUUCAACAGGAAACAUCCAUAUUUCAUUUCCCAUCGGCCCCGCGGAUCUUAUCCCCCGAAGCCCUGGCAGAUCAGGGGAGGGUCCUGGUGUGGCAGACUUGGGGGAGGUUUUUCUAGGGGCCACAAAAACCCCUACAGGCAGUGAGGGCAGCAGGAGCGGCAGUCGUCGGUCUAGCCACUGUGGCACAAGCCCAGUGCAGGAGAUCUGUAGCCCUGUUAGUGCCUCAGGUCUCAGUCCUAAGGGACACCAUGACCACCUGGUAGCAGGAUUUCGCCGGCGCUGCCACACACUGGACAGCCAGCCGCAGACCUACAAAUCUGGAGGCGAGCACAUAGACCGCAGCCAGGAAAGGAUUCCUCGUUUCAUGGCAGGUGUGACAUGGUUGACACCGAGUUGGCGAACCUCUGCAGCCCCUUUAAACCAGUCAUACGAGGUCGAUAAUCCCACACCAUCUCCGCAGAGGCCCCACAUCACUUUGGACUCUCCUCAGGUCAGACUCAGGAUGGACUCUGAUGACCUUCAAGGAAUGAAAAUCCCUCCAGCUGAAACACAAAGCAGCAACAUUGGUGAGUUGAUUUAACGCAAUCUAAUUUAAUCUCUGAAAUGGACAUGGUUUCUCCCACUGCAGCUUUAAAGACACGAACUGCAAAACAGAAAAACAUAAAAAAUGGAGUUUGAACAUGCAAGCAGAAAAAGAUUGAUGACUGUUUUUGUGUUUUUAUUUGUGCACAUCAGCAGAGGAGACACAGAGGAGGGCACAGGCUCUGGAGGACAUGCAAAGGCGGCUGGAGGAGGAGCAUGCCCUGCAGAUGUCUCUGCUUCUGGUUGAGCAGGAGAAAGAACAACAGCGCCUCCGUCUGGUCAGCAUUUAGAACCACAUGAACUCAUUUUUUAAGUUGAAAUACAAACCAAGAAGUCAUUCCAAUAAAAAUACGCAACAUUAAUUUUGUUGUCUGUGUGUUUUUUUUUUUUUGUCUGUACGCACUUCAGGAGCUUGAGGAGACAGAGAGAAGACUGAAGGAACAGAGGAGUGCGCGGCCUUUGAGUGGGGAUGCCAGUGGGUGGAGCUGCAGGUCUGUGAUUGACAGCUGUCCUGUUGUGAGCCCCUCCUGCCCAGGAAUAAGCCCUGCUCACACACCAGCUGAGCGAUCACCUGGACACAGUAUAGGUACCACUUCAUCAUGCUGCAUUUCCACCAAGUGGUUGGGCUUGGUUUCGCACUGUUUACUGAGAGGAUCCACUUGUUUUCACAUAAUCCUUUUAUUUUGAAAUUGUCCAUCAUUAGCUGCAGGGCUUUAUUCGACCCUGGGCCUCCUUUGGUUGUACAAAAGAAGGUUGUCAUGAAGUGUGUGUAGUAAGAAGGUAGCUGUUAGUUCAGAGUACGCAACUUAGGCUGACCCGAUGCUAAUUUAAAGGGAUAGAUUGAUAGUACCCUUCAAAAUAAAAGCCCAGUUUGCCCAUGCAGGGAAAGAGGCCAUUUGAAUUUAAGACAGAAAUGUGAUAUCAUGACAGUCGUUUUUGAUACUCCAACAAAAGGGUGCCAAAAGUAUAAAGUUGUACAGAUUGGUCAUUUUAGUACCUUUCCCAAAGUCUGACAUUUGAAGCAACAGAUACUGAGAAGGAUUAUCUCACCUGUGGUUUGAUUUUUUAAGCAGAGGCAGCUGUAACUAUAUGUGCAAAUUAAAGGUAUGUAUUUGUUUCCCUCUAAAGGUUUCCCCAGUCCCGUUAGCUCCAGUGUGUCCACUCCUUCUGUCCAAACUCCGGUCUAUCUGUGGGGGCCCACAUGGGCAGUAAACAAACCUCGAGCAAGGCUGAGUCUGGUGAGAAAAUGGUGUGUGGGAAAAUUUACUGACCUGUAUAUUUAACCCUGUCCUAACAGCCACGUCUUCUCGUGUCCCCGUGGCGUCCUCUAGGUUCUGACAGCAGAGCAGCAAAGAGCUUUCUGUCGAAUUGGAGCCAUCAUUCGGGGCUUCCUCACACGCAGACUACUCAAGACGGAAAAGGUCAAACACUUGCGUCAGACUGUUGUGGUAAGGUCAAACAAACACAAACAGGCCAUUAUUUUAAGUAUCAAUCUGCAAUCUGUUCCUUACAGCGCCGUGUUCCUGAGUUUAAACUGUGUCUCUUUGUUUACCCAGGACACACAGGAGUUUAUUCGUUCCUUCAAGACUGAAGCUCCUCUCAAGAGAGGCCCCUGCUCAGCACAAGAUCGCUCCCUGCAGGAGAGAGUUAAAGCUCAGGUACGAGCGUGCAGUGACAUUAUUCAGACAGCAGAGGUCCAACUUGCUCUGUGUUCAUAUGUGAUCUUUCCCCACUUCUCAGUUGAGAGCAGCUCUUUAUGACAUCUACGACAUCUUCUUUGAGAUGCCUUUGGGGGAUCGCUUAGCUUUGCUGCAGCAGGACAGGGAGCUGCGAGCAGAGAGGAAGCUACGGGAAAUGGUAAUUUAAAGGGAUUGAUUUUUUAAAAUGAGCAGAAAAACAACUAUUCUAUCAAAUCUGAGGGGGCACACAGCUGCAUCUCUAAGGGUCAAACUGAAUUUGUAGUAAAGACUGCUGUCAAACCUGCAGGAGAAAGCUAAAUGCCCCAAGGAGAGAGUGGUUUUGUCUGCUGCCACACAGAGGUCUCUGGACAGAAAAAAGAGGUGAGACAGAACAGCGCAAAAAAAAAAAAAAAAGCUACUUUAGUGGUUGUGAAAGUUGACAUUUUGGAUGAUGAAACUUAGUGCCCUCCUUUUUUUUUUUUUAACAAACCCUAGGGUCGGUGAAUCCCCAGCACAAGCUAGGAAGAUGCACCAGAAGCCAAAGAGCCCCACCACCAACAGGUAACCAAGCAAAACAGAAUCUGAUAAUUUAAAUAUCAACAGAGUGCCAAGACAGCUGAUCCAACUUUUUAAAGAUUUUUUUAAAAAUGAGUAUCAUGACAUAUCUUCCCUUUUCAGAGCCCUGAAGCCAAACCAAGGCCAAAGUUCUCCCAACCAGCUGAACCGUCAAGGGUGAGGUUACAUUUUCAUGUGUUUAAUCAGACUCAACCUUUGGACCUCAUCUCAUUUAUUGCAACAGUGUAAAUGAUGCACGUAGUCCAGCUGAAAGCUAAGUCUCUAAAGUCAGCACAGUUUGAAGUUGUGUGUUUCCUCUCAGGAGCUGGUAUCGGAGGACCCCGGAGGAGCGAGUGAGGCGCUCAGACAGCCUGAAGAAGCAGCACUCUCUGGGUUAGCCAGUGACUUCAAAUCCCCCGAAGUGUGAACUUGAAUUUUUAGUCUUUGAAUACAAACUUUGCACCACUGAAACUUCAAUCAAUGCUGCUCAAGAUACGACUGUCUGUAUUUCAGCUUCUGUCAUAUAAAUGAUUGUAUUUUCUCCCACACUUCACACACAAUGCCAUGGUUUUUGACUGUCCUAGUUCACUUGAAAAGCAACACGAUUGUCCAAAAACACUCACAUGUAGCCUGGGCACACAUUUAAGAACUGGGCUGAUGAAUCUCAUUGUGAUGAAAAAAAUAGGUGCUUCAAUGGAAGAUGGUCGGACUUAAAGGAAAGGGGUCAAUGUUUGUAUCUGAGCCCAAGAACUUUGCCUUUUCCAUCUGCAGUGUUUCAGCGUGCCCAUACUCACCAGAACUGUUCACAAACAUUUUAUGCAUAAAACUAGAAGUGAAUUUACAAAAUCUGUAGAGGUCAUAUAAUGCGGUUGAAAUAAAAACUACCCAAGUGUGUAAAAUGUAAGAUAUUAGUUUGGUGUGCAAGGGCUUUGAGUACCUGCUUGUGCUUUAUGUCUUUAUAAAUGGUGCCACAGUUACAGGACGAAAAGACAUUUUGGUGUUUCAUGUUUAACUGAAAUCAGUGCCAACAAUGUCAUAUAAACAACAGACCCUCAAUGUGAAGGUUUUUUUUCUUUGAGUAAAAAUGAAUGAUUGAAUCAUAA